CCAUCGGUCUCGCAGGCCGAGUAAAGCAAACGGUCUUGUCUUGUCCGUCCGCCGUAAGCGCAGCGGUCGAAUGGUGAGGUUUCAGGGAGGGAAUUUGGGGUCAAUGAUAGAUGAACCAUGAAGCCAUCGUUUCUGCCCGCAUGGCUGUUUGCCAACCCCUUUCUUUUACCUUUGCUGUCUCGUUUUUCUUUUUUAUUUUUUUUUUGCGCACUGAUUAAGAUUUGUCUAUUAUUGGUGCCCUUUUUCUCUACAUCGCUACUCCGUACUGGUGCCAGGCCCAGCGCCAGCAAUCACGGUGAGAAGAGCAAAACCCGAAGGAAAACCGGGUUCGGUCCACCUCGUUUACCAACUCUGGAUGCGGUACUGCGGUACGGCGGGACCUGCCCUGCCCUGCCCUGCCCUGCCUGGUGGAAGUGGAAGUGGAAGUGGAAGUGGAAGUGGAACAGUUGCAGACCAUCUGCUGCGACCUAGGUAGAUACUAUUAAUGUAUCUAGGCUCCAACGAUUGAUCCAUACUAUUAUCCACUUCAUCAGAUCUGCCUGCCGGCUGCCCA